AUGUUACGGGGGAAAUUCGGAAAUUACGGCAGGAGAAAGAGGCCCGAGAAACUACAGAUGCAGGCACUUGCCCAUGCUGGCUUUUGCUUCACGGCCUUGAAGUGUAACAGGUCCUGGGAGAAGGACGAGGACUGGUGUCUGCGUGUUGCCUGCUCCCAUUCAUGCGGCCCUUUCAGAGGCGGCCCCGCCCCGCAGGCGCAGGACGGGCCCGCCCCGGUUGCCGGGGCGCUCUGUGGCGUCGCGUCGCCGCUGGCGGGCGCGGAGGGGCUGCUCGCGGAGGCGGCCAUUUCCAACGAGCUGGCGGGGGCGAAGGAUGGUGUCCUGAGCAUCAUCCCCUUAUCUAUCCCUGGUCUUUGGUCCUUGGCCUUGGUCCCCUUCCACCCCAGCCCCAGGCCCUCCCUGAGCCAAACUCUGUUGCAGAUGGUUCUCCAAGAUGAAAAUUUUGUCAGUAAAGAAGAGUUCCAGGAAGUGGAGAAGAAGCUGGUGGAAGAGAAAACUGCCCAUGCCAAGACCAAGGUCCUCCUGGCCAAGGAAGAGGAAAAGCUACAGUUUGCCCUUGGGGAGGUGGAGGUGCUGUCCAAGCAGCUGGAGAAAGAGAAGCUGGCCUUUCAAAGAGCGCUCUCCAAUGUCAAGAGCAAAGUCCUGAAGGAGUCCAGCAAGAAGGACCAGCUCAUCACCAAGUGCAAUGAAAUUGAGUCUCACAUUAUAAAGCAAGAAGACAUACUUAAUGUCAAAGAGAAUGAGAUUAAGGAGUUGCAGCAAGUUAUCAGCCAGCAGAAACAGAUCUUCAGGAAUCACAUGUCUGACUUCCGGAUCCAGAAGCAGCAGGAGAACUACAUGGCCCAGGUGCUGGACCGGAAGCACAAGAAGGCCUCAGGGAUGCGUCAGGCCCACAGCCACCAGCGUCUCAGGGAAAAAUAAAAUGGUCAUUGCCUUCCUGC